AUGGCAUCUGAAAGCAGCUUCGUGCAACCUGCCAUUUUGAAGUUUGAUGGACACUACGAUCACUGGAGUAUGUUAAUGGAAAACUUUCUACGUUCCAAAGAGUAUUGGAACUUAGUGGAGAUAGGGAUAACUGCAGUAGCAGAAGGAGUGGAUCCAAGUGAAGCACAUAAGAAAGUGAUUGAAGAUCAGAAGUUGAAAAACCUGAAGUGCAAGAACUACUUGUUCCAGGCCAUCGAUCAUUCGAUCCUAGAGACAAUUUUGAAGAAGGAUAUAACGAAGGAUAUUUGGGAUUAUUUGAAACAGAAAUAUCAAGGAACAACACGUGUCAAACGUGCUCAAUUGCAGGCUCUUCGAAAGGAGUUUGAAGUGCUACACAUGAAGGCUGGAGAAUCAGUCAAUGACUAUUUUGGUAGGACUCUCAUCAUUGCUAACAAGAUGAGGAUUCAUGGGGAGCAUAUGGAGGAUGUCGUAAUCAUUAAGAAGAUUUUGCAGUCUAUGGCUCCAAAAUAUGACUACGUUAUAUGUUCUAUUGAGGAGUCAAAUGACUUGGAUACUUUGUUGAUUAAUGAGCUUCAGAGUAGUCUAUUGGUGCAUGAACAACAUGUCAGCCGUCAUGUUGUAGUGGAUGAACAAGCACUGCAAAUUUCUUCUGGAGUCUAG